AUGACAGCGUAUUUACUAAAUAAUUUAAUUGAAUUAUUAGAAAAAUUUGUUAUUGAUAAUUCUGUGUUUAGUGAACAUUGUACUUUUGAUGAUAUUAAAAAUUUGGAUCGCGUAUAUGAAUUUGCUGAACGUUGUAAUAAACCUUCUGUAUGGAGUUUAUUAGCUAAUGGUCAAACAUUUGAAGGUUUACUUAAGGAAGCUAUGAAUUCAUUUAUGAAAGCUGACAAUUAA